ACGGUAACGUAUCCAUUUUGGGGCUGUUCUCAACACACACAGACACAGGUGGCCGGCCAUGUUUUCGUCUUCUUCAAUAAGGUUAAUCGUAUCCGGACUUCACCGUCCCCCAACCCUGAAAUCGCCGCUUAAUCCUCCGAGACUCUCCCACUCGAGUUCCACUGGUUUCAGAGCGAUGAGCAGCGUUGAGAAUAACUCUGGCGGGAUCGAGAAUCGGGCGAGCAGGAUAAAGGAGAAGCUGGAGAAGGAGCUGGAACCGGUGGAGUUAGUGAUAGAGGAUGUCUCGUACCAGCACGCGGGUCACGCGGGGAUGAAAGGCAGAGGAACAGACGAAGAGACGCAUUUCAAUGUGAGGAUCGUGUCGAAAGGAUUCGAAGGGAUGAAUCUGGUGAAGAGGCACAGGCUGGUUUACGAUCUGCUCAGGGAGGAGCUCGAUAGUGGAUUACACGCCCUUUCGAUCGUCUCCAAGACUCCCUCCGAGUCCAUCAAAAAAUAAUAAAUAAUACUCUGUUUUCUGUUUCUCUUAUGAGAGUUGUUUAAUCAUUGAUGCUUAGUUUGUUUGUUGUCAGAACCAACUCUUCUCGAUUCAAAAGACCUGAGUUUUCACUCUGCUUUGGGGGUAUGAGUGUUGUUCGUUUUUAGAUACGCUUGAGCAGGGUAAGUGAUGGAUGAUGUUUGCUUUUGGAUUGAUUGGUAGAUGUUGGAGUUCUGGUUUUCUUGUGUUCAUACUUCAUAGCUUGAUUAAAAUUAUCUUAGUCUUCAUUGUUCAUUACUCUGGUUAUGAGAAUAAGAAGGGUGGUCCAGAUUGUGACCAACCUUUC